AUGCCCUACCUGCCGCCGAACAUGCCGCCCGUGCUCGACAGCGGCGCGCUCGGCGCCGAGGAGCCGCGGCCCGAGCCCAAGCCCGGCGUCGUCCGCGCCGGCGCGCUCGCGGGCUUCCUGCUCGUCGGCGGAAAGAAGAAGUGGUGCGUCCUCGACGGCGACGACCCCCUCGACGCCGCGCUGGUCGUCGCCGACGACGCCGAGGCCGUCGACGACGGCGCGCGCUAUUCGCUGUCCAAGGUGGAACUCGAGCGCCCGAAGAACAAGGGCAAGCGCGUCGACGUCUUCCGCGUCAAGCACGGCGACGAGGCCUUCGUCGUGCGCGUCGCGCCGCCCGAGGCCAAGGCCAAGGACGACGGCGAGAAAGAGAAAGAAGACGCCGUCCCGCUCCAGGACUGGGUCGCGACGUUGAACGCGCGCCGCGCGGACGCCGUCGCCGCGGCCGAGGCCGCGGCCGCCAAGGCGCCGUCGACGCCGUCGCCGCCGCCGUCGCCGCAAAAGCCCGGGCCCGAGGAGGUGACGCUGAACUUGGACGACGAGCUGGGCGUCGUCGUCCGCGAGGUCGACGGCGGCCGAUUGGUCGUGGCGGCCGUCGCGCGCGGCUCGCAGGCCCAGACCCUCGUGCGGCCCGGAUGGGAGAUCGUCGAGUGCGACGGCGCCGAGGUCCGCGGCCGCGACGACCUCGAGGACGCGCUCCGCGACGCGCUGCCCGCCGGCCGCGCGACGGUCGGCUUCGAGCGCGCGCCCGACCGCGGCGACGCGGACCUCGACUUCUCCUACGACUGCUUCGACCUCGACGACCUCGUCUGCGGCGCCGCCCACGAGCCGCCGCCGCCGCCGCCGCCCGUCGGCGCCGAGCUCUCCGGCGCGUCGGGCCGCGUCGCGGCGACGCUCGCGGGUCUCAAGGGCGCGGCCGCGCCGGACGGCAUGAUCGGCGGCUACACGCGGAGCGAGCUCACGAAGACGAAGUUGAGGACGCCCAAGGUCUCCGUGCGCAAGCUCGCCCAGUACGUGCGCUGGAUCGACGCGAGCGGCGUCUGGCCGAACCCGUUGACCGUCGACCGCGUGCACGGCGAGCUCCGCAACGGCUUGCUGUUGUGCCGCCUCAUGCAGCGCCUCGUGCCGGGCACGACCUACAGCCGCCUCCACCACAAGCCGCGGUCCAAGGCCGUCUGCAUCGCGAACAUCGAGCAGGCGCUGGGGGUCGUCUGGCGGUCGGGCCGCGUGAACAACAGCCUCGUCGCGUCCGCGGCGCAGAUCUACGACUGCUGCGAGAAGAAGCCGGACCGGGCCAACGUGCUCCUGCGCGAGAUCUUCGACGUCUACGUCUUCCGCGAGCUCAAGAGGAAGGGCGCGCGCGUGCUGGCGUGGUACGACGACGUUUUGGCGCGCGCGAACUUCGGCGCCGCGCUCCCCGAGGCGGCGGCGAAGCGGCCCUUCGCGGGGCUCUGGGACUUCUUCGAGGACGGCGCGGCGCUGGGGACCGUGCUCAAGUACUUCGUCGGGCCCAAGGCGCUCGCGGCGGGGGAAGAGCGAGAAGGCUUGAGCAGCUACGAGGUCAUCAAGAAGGAUUUGGAUGAUAUCUUCGAGCUCCUGCGGUCUUUGGACGUGCCCGUGCUCUGGACCGCCGACGACUGGGCGACGUUCCCCGACGACGAGUUCGUAUUGGCCCAGCUCGACGCGGUCUACGAGCGGUUCCGCGACUGCCAGUGCGCGGUGCCCCAGGAUUUGGAAGCCGUGGACCUGGCGCUCCACUCGGAGAGCGCGCGGGCGCGGUCCCUGCUCGGCGACGACCUGGGCCCGUCGCCGCCGACGUCGCCCGCGUCGCCGCGGCCCGCGGCGCCGUGUCGCGACGAGAUCGCGCUGCCGCGGGUCCUCGAGGGCAACCACGACGCCCACUUCUUCAGCGACGCCUUCGCCCACGUCGAGCGCGACGGCGCGGACUUCGAGGGCGCGCUCCACGACGACGCGUACACGCGCGCGGACGGCGUGCCGACGACCGUGAAGGAGCUCGCGGCCGCGCGAGAGCACCUCGCGGAUUUCGGCGAGCGGGGCCGCCGCGAGCUCAAGCACAAGCGCGCGGCGGCGGACCUGCGGCGGAAGAUGCUCGCCAUCGCGGACCUGCCGAGCCCCGAGAGAGACGCGCGCGAGGAGGACGUCGACCGCGAGUUCGAGCUCCUGGACGCCGCGGCCGGGGACCUCGAGCGGCGGCUGCGCGACGAGGCCGACGAGCUCGACAAGGCCGAGGCGGGCCUCGUGGCGGGCCCCGUGCGCGUGCGGCCCGACGACUUCGGGAGCCCCGCGAAGCGCCGCGAGCGGCGCCGCGAGCGCCUCGCGAACGAAAAGGCCGUCCGGGCCCAGGAGAGCGGCUGGGUCGCGACGGGCACGAAGUGGGAGACGCACAACCUGCUCAUCCGCAAGGCCAUGAACCGCGUGCCCGACGGCGACGAGCCCCCCGCAAAGGAGAAGACGGAGGCGCCCAAGGACAGGGAGGACGUCAUGUGGGACUUCUUCCGCCACCGGCUCCGCGAGCGGCAGGACGCCUACUUCAAGAAGCGCGACGCCGAGGUCCAGCGGGGCCUCGAGGAGCUCCGGCGCGAGCACGACGCCGCGCCGCCGGCGCCCGUGCUGGAGACGCUCGACGACGACGACCCCCAGCGCCUCGUGCUCCAGGUCCAGCAGUCGAUCCGCAACGAGGAGCUGCGCCUCUUCGCCCUCGAGGAGGAGCGCACGCUCGUCGCGCUCGACGUGCGCGCGGGCGCGCCGCUCCGCGACGUCGACCCCUUCCGCGCGGCCGUGAAAGCCGGCGGCCGGCCCGAGUCGCCGACGCGCGUCUUCGACGCGCUGCACCGCGAGCCGCCCAAGGCGCGCCGCGAGACGCCGCCGCUGCCGCCGGCGGAGACCUUCCUCCACGACGCGCGCGUGCUCGCCCUCGUGGAGCGCAACAGCGAGCGGCCCUUCCUCGUCCGCGUCGUCUCCGCGGUUUUGGACGACGGCCAGCUCCGCGAGCUCCGCGCGUACGCGGCGGACGACGAGUCGGGGAAGCCCGCCCUCGCCUGGAGCGACGAGGACAGCGGCGACCUCGUCGGCUUCGCGAUCCUCGACGAGGUCGCGUCCGUCGCGCCGGGCCGCGACCCGCGCGUCUUCAAGCUCGCGCUCAAGCCCAUGAACCCGCGCGCCGUGAAGAACUCCGGCGGCCUCCGCACGAUCUGCUUCCGCUGCGACGACGCCGCCGACGCGCGCAAGUACCACGCGGCCCUGGCCGCGCUCGCGUCCGCCAUCUAA